AUGUCUGAUCCCUGUGGGAUGAGGAGUAACAAUUUGCGGAGGGGGGAAAUCUGCUUGUGCUUCCAUUUUGCUAUCUCAUGUUAUAAACGAUCUCUUCCAGCAGUUAGCUGUGCAAAUACAUGUGUUGCUGCUAAUUGCAUAACAAGAAUAACCAGAUUUGUGUACAUUUCUUUUUCUUUUUUAAAGCCUGAGACUGCAGCUGUGCUGAAGCGCACUGUUGAGGCUCUUAUGGAGAGAGGAGCCAUUGUGAGGAACCUAGAGAACCUGGGAGAAAGGUCUCUACCUUAUAAAAUCUCCAAGCACAAACAGCGUCACAGAAGAGGAGGGUAUUUUUUGGUAGACUUUGAGGGCCCACCUUCGAUUGUAUCGACCAUGAUGGAUCAUUUAGGACGUGAUAUUGAUGUAAUUAGACGUACUUUCCUAAAGCAUCCAGUAUCAAAGACAGAAGAAUGCAGUGGCAUAAUCCCAGUCAACUAUGAAGAUAAACUAAUUGCCAAGAAGAAAUGAAUAUUCCAAAUAACAUGUUCAAAACUUAAAAAAAAAAAAAGAUUUUUAGCCUUGCUUUGGGAUACUAUUGUGAUAACUAAUAUUCAUGAAAAAUAAUCAGUUUUAGCCAUGUGAUGUGUGUGGUAUAGUACAUGAUCUUAAGUUAUUUUAA